CAAAUGUCUAAUCAGCCAAUCAUGUGGUAGCAACUCAAUGCAUAAAAACCUGCAGAGGUUCAGUUACUAUGCAGACUAAACAUCAAAAUGGGGAAUAAAUGUGAUCUAAGUGACUUUGACUGCAGCAAUUGUUGGUGCUUGACAGAUUGGUUUGAGUAGUAUCUCCUGGGAUUUUCAAGCAGAGCAGUGAAGUCUGAGGAGAAUGGCUGACUGGUUCAAGCUGACCGUGUGAAACAACAGUGGUGUGCAGAAGAGCAUCUCUAAAUGCACAACACGUCAAAGCUUGAAGUGGAUGGGCUGCAGUAUCCAAUGGAUCAUGAAUUUACAGAGUGGUCUUGUACCUCAAGAGACCCUUCUUCACCUCCUGCUUCCAGGCACACCUGUUGGAGGUUUACAAAGAACCUCUCGCCUGACAAAAUCAAUCUAAGUACACUCAAAGGGGAAGGUCAACUGACAAAUCUGGAGCUUGAUGAAGAAGUACUGCAAAAUGUCUUGGAUCUGCCCACGUGGUUGGCUAUCACCAGAGUGUACUGCAAUAAGGCAGCCAUCAGGAUACAAUGGACGAAGCUCAAGACCCAUCCUAUUUCUCUGUUCCUUGAUAGAGUUGAGGUAGCAAUGAGGACUUGUGAGGAACCUCGUCCUCCAAAUGGGCCCUCUCCAAUUGCCAUUACAGCAGGUCAAAGUGAAUAUGGCUUUGCUGAAAAGGUUGUAGAGGGAAUGUCCAUUGUAGUAAAUUCUAUUGUUGUUAAAGUUGAAGCAAAAGCAUUCAGCACUUCGUUUGAGCUAUGGCAGCUGCAAGGUUAUAGUGUAAAUCCCAAGUGGCAACAGAGUGACUUACGAUUCACAAGGAUUACAGAUCCAGAACGAGGGGAGGUUUUGACUUUUAAGGAAAUAAAUUGGCAAACACUUCGUAUUGAAGCUGAUGCCAUCCCAGGUGAUCAGAGCAUUAUCAGCACACCACUGAGACUCAUCACCAAUCAAUCAAAAAUCAGACUUGUACUUAAGAGAAGGUUUCUCAGGUUAUUGAAGGAGGUCAGUGAAGGAACCGAAGACUUGACCAUAGAUGGAGUGGAGGUGAAGGAUUGCAAUGUGGUGGGUUCAAAGCUCAUGUUCCUGUUGGAUGAUUUACUUUGGGUUCUCACUGACUCACAACUAAAAGCAAUGAUUGAAUAUGCACAGUCUCUCAGUGAGGCCAUGGAGAAUUCUGCCAAGCAGCGGAAGAGAAUGGCUCCAGACGCGGCAGGGACCAGUGGCCUAGCAACUAGUACUCAUCAGCAAAGAACACCUCCAGCACAUACAAGUAACAGCUCAAACAGCAUUAGCCAGUACUUUGAAUUGUAUGAUGUGAAAGAAUCAUCCUAUCACAGUCAGAUCUCACGGCUGGAUUUACAUAUUUGUGAUGAUGGUCUCUCAGUGGAAGAAGGAGGGUCCAAACAUCGAAUAGCUGGAGGAGCUAUACAGUUAACAUUUAAAAAUUUGAGCCUGGAUUACUAUCCCUUCCACUGGGCAAAUGAUAGUUGUAAACAUUGGGUUAGGUACUCUGAAGCCAUGGAAUCCAGAGCACAAUGGGCCCAAGACCUGCUGCAAGAGUUUCAGUCCAAAGUACAAACAAUAAUAGAUCACAGUGAGGACGCAACAGUUGGAAAAUCUCCAACAAAGGAAUCUCCCAGUAAAUGGAAAGUAGGGUCACCAGGUUGGAAGACUAGUUCUGCUUAUAAAAGACGAGCAAGUGACCAAUCGACAGGAGCUACUUCUCCUGAUUCUUGUAAAGUGCCAUGGAGUAAGCUGCUCUCCAGUUGUGUAGUUGUCCGUGUUGAUGACUUGGAUGUUUAUCAGGUCACAGCAGCAGGCCAGCAUGGUAAGAAGCCGACAACCUUACUGUCCUGUAAUAGGGUAUCCUACCAUCUUCCACCCGGCAUGUCAGCAAUUCAUGUUGAAUUUACUGAAUACUAUUUCCCUGACAGUAAAGAAUUUCCUGUGCCUUGCCCUAAUCUUUAUGUGAAACUGAAUGCCUUGCAAUUUACAUUGGAUCCAGUGAGCUUGUUGUGGGUGAACUCCUUCACUUUGGACCUGUAUCAGACCCUUCAGCAGUUCAAAGCCAUCUAUAAAUUGAAUAACUCCGUGAAAGUGGAUGAACAUGUUGAUUUUUGUAUGAAUGGACUCGUGUUGAAGCUUGUAAUUCCAGUGGACCAGAAUGUAAUGGCGCAUCCAGACAAGCCAGAAUACAUUACCAUUCAGACUUCAGAUGUUGUGGCUACAAACACGCGACACUCACCAAACUGUAAGCACUCUGAUCUCCAAAUGAUGCUGAAAGCCUUUAAAGACUGUGAAUUUUUUCAUGUGUCUUAUAAGGAGUUCCCUAAGUCUGUAGACAGUUUUGAUGUGCUUCAAACUGUAUUUUUUCAUCAUGCUUAUGAGCAACAAAUCAAUCUGGACAGAAUUAGCACUCAGAAGAACCUUGCCCCUGAUGCGUUAAAAACAUCAUCAGCUGCAGACAUAUGGUCACUCCAUUUUUCUCAACUCUGGUUGGACUUUGAAGGUAAAGAGAGCUCAAAAGACAAGCCUUUCAGCUUUGUGGAUGCGUUUCCUCUUUCCAUAUGGGUGUCUCGACCAUCCAAGGCACAAUCGAGUUACUCAACAUCUGAAUGCACUGCUAAUUUAGAAGAUUGCAAAAGUAGCAUGGAUCAUAAAUUUAAUAUGUUCAGUUGUACAGAGUCCUUUGGAAAUGGACUGCAGGAUUUCACGGCCACGCAAACACUCAGGUCAUCGGAAGGAAUUGAUGCACAUCUGAGCACUCAGCAGGCAAGAGCGAGACAAUCCAACAGAAAGGAUGACUCUGAGGCAGAUGUCCAUGUUCUUGUGUACAGCACUGCCCAUGUAAAAGCACGCAUGAACCACUACCAUUACCUUGUAUUACUGCGGCUGAAGGAAUGUUUUGCUCAGCUGCAGGAUGACUUGACUCAGGAUAGGGAAAGAUUGACUAAAAAUAUUGUUAAAUCUGGUAGUACUUGCAUGGGAUUAUUGAUUAAUAGUGCUGAAAUUGCUUUACUGCUUCAUCCAACUCCAACCACAGAUUGUGACCUACAAUCUGAAAACUCAGAAAGCACAAGCCUUGCUGAGUCCGAGCUUUCGCCUUCUGAGAGUAGAGAAAAAUUGGCUGAGGAGGAGAAGCCUCUGGACAGAAUAAAUGACCAGCUGGAUAAUACCAUCAGGUCUGUGGAUGAUAGUGGAAUUCACAAUGGGGAUUUGAGUAUGGUUACCUUAUUGGAUAAUGGAGUUUCAGAACAAGAUGGAACAAUUGUGAGUGAUGCUCCUUUAUCUAAUGCUCAGGCAGUAGGAAAUCAAUCAUCUGAAAAAGGACUUGUGGAAGAAGCAUAUGAAGCAGUAGAAUCACUAGCGGCUGAGGUUUCUGAAGACAGCAGUGUUCACCACAUUCCAGAUACCACUUUAGAAAAGAGUGAGUCUUUGGAUUUACAAACAAGUAGAACAUUGAGCAACGUCACACAGAUGGAUCUUGCUCCUUUUGAGAAUGUUGCUGUGGAUUCAACUCCAUUGAGUGUGUCAAAGGAUGUUGCUAAAGAAGCUCUGCUGAUGACUGUGGACUUAACUAAAGAAGCUGUUUCUCUGACAAAGGAUGCUUUCAGUCUCAGCAAGGAGAAGAUGGCUAACACUAUGCAAAAGAUGCUUUCCUUGUCUUCCUCCAGAGAACAGAUCUCUAAAGGUGAAGACAAUCCACCCUCCUUAUCCAGUACUAAACUCCGUUUUUUAAACAUGAAACGCACCUCGUCACAGCAUUCCUUGGACACUACAUCACUUGAUGGCAGCCUUACAGAAGAUCGAAUAUCUGUCGACAGUGACAACAGUGAGAAAUAUGUCAUUCUCCUUGAAGCAGAAUCGGGGCAGGAAUCCCCUCUCCCGAACACCAGCAUAGAUCAGAUACCAACAAUGAGCAGCAAUCAGAGUCUUCCAGAAAGUGCAGAUGGAGGGCACAGAGGAGAGGGAUUUCACAAACAGUCUACAAUCACCAACUCCCUGACACCAACUGAGGAUGAUUCCAAUGCAGAACAGGCUUCGGUGUUGUUACUGCAAAUACUUGAUGUGAACUGUGAGAUUGGUGUAAGAGGUGAUGAUGUAGCUGUCGGUGUCCAGGUGAAGGAAGUAAUUCCUGAUCAUUUGGGUAACAUGGACGUGCAGAAGUUUCUGAGCAGCCAUGCAACUGGCUUCCAGAAGGCUUGCCCAAUGGACUCUGACAGAGCACAGCCUGCUGUACGUUUGAGAUUUGAUUCAGGGCCACACUCAUCCAUUCACUCUCCACUUGCUGUUAAGAAUGGCUUUCUGCAUUUUCACAUCAGUAAUUACAGUGCAGAGCUGUCAAUGUCUUCACUCACAAACUUGGGUCCUUUCUUGGAGGAUGAGAUGAUUCCAGAAGUCAUUCCAAUGAAGAUAGAACUCUUCGACUGCAACAUUACACUUAAGGAUGAUGGCCCAAGACUGUAUGCGACGUCGCCAGGUCCUGUACCCAUAAUUCUUCAUGUUGAUCACCUGGUGGUACAGCGAGUUGAUGAUGGGACAUUUUGUUUAACAGCUUUGCAGAGAAGCCCAAUUAAAGCAGAUGUGGAGAAGGAAGAGGCUCUUUCAGUCAUAAGUGGAUCACAUCUGGUCAAAUUUGGAAUGAAGAAAGGUGGAGGAAUGCAGCCACAGUCAGAUGCUCAGAGUACAUCAGAUCUAACUCUUGUGAAGGACAUGAAUGAGCUUCUUAAGCAGGAACUUGCCUGCACAAAGGAAGCUCUGAAGAAGGCAAAUCAAGAUAGAGAGAGAUUGCUGCAAGAAGUAAAGAAGCUAAAUCCUGAAUUUAAUUUUUGAAUAUCACAGUUCAGCAUAUGGUUAUCAUUACCAACAGCCAAGACAACAAGCAACUGAAGAAAUUUUACUGAAUGAUUUGUUACUGAAGAGAUCAGCAUAAUAAACCUCAGUCACUCAGUGCAGCCACCAACAUUAUGUGUAAGAAUGAAGUUUUCAAAUAUGCAUAGAAGAAACUGAAGUACUAUUUUAAUUUCAUUCACAUGAAGAACACAUGUUGGCUAUUGCAAGUAGCACAACUGAAGAGUUUUUUAUUUUGUAACAAUUACAAUUCCAUAUGGUAAGGUUGAUAACCAUCCUUGGUUUUAAUAAAAAUGAGUUUGCAGAAUGAGAUUCUGACAAAUGAUGCAGAAGGUUGAGAGUGCUUACAAUGUAUUAUGUUUACAAUGAACAAUUGGGUGAAUUAGUUUACAACAAAGUUUAGUUGAUAUAAUAGAAGAGCAGUAUCAACUGCAAGCAAAUCGUAUUAUUUAUUGGUGACCUCAUGCACUAAUAUUUAUUGUUGUACUGUACUUACCUCUUCAAGUUUUACAGGUAAAAGUCCAAGUGUAAAAUGUCCUCACAAACUAGAUGCUAUCUUAGCCAGCUGGCAUUUGAAGGUCUUGAAGUGGUUUAUUCUGCAUUUGAAGCUGUCAUUGAAAGGACUGUCAAGAAAAUAGUAAUUGACUAACAGAAAUAAAUUGUAACAGAACACCAAAUACAAACACCCCUGACAAAAAAUUAGAAGUUGUUUUAAGUUUCCUGCGGUCUUCCCACUUAAGAGCACUGUUAUGUAGAUAUAUUGGUAAACACUUGCUUUAGUGAGAAUUCUUUGUGAAGGGCUUAUUUUCAGAGCUGUGGUUGAAUUCCCGAGCAAAUUGUAUUGAUGGAAAGUUUUUUUUUAAUGCUUUAGGCCAGGCUUUAAAAUCUGUCAUCCAGUAUGUGAUCAUGAGAUACUAUCAUGGAUGGGAAUGUAGCAGAGGUUUACUAAGUUACCUUAUGAACCCAGUAGGACUUGAUGCAGAACAACAGAAUUCUAGAGCAGUACAUACAGUAGCUUGUAUUUAUAAUUUUGCUUUUUCCUUUUCUGUUCUCCCGUUAGGAGUUUGUACAGAUGAAAAUGUAUUUCUUGUUUUAAAGAGCUGCUAAUUUUCAAACCUGAAGCAAAAUGUACUAUAAAUGAAGAUUUAGAAUUAGUUGGAAAGUACAAUACUAGUUAAAAUAUUGGAUACAAAAUCAAAUUAUUUGAAUGAAGACUUAGCACAAUAGUUGCAUCAGUAUACUGUGUGAUAUAAGGGACACACAUGCAAAGAGCUGAACCAGAGAAAGUAUUGUUCAACUCUCUCUGUAGUGACUGCAAAAUAAAUUGAGCUUGUGAAACUCCCCCAGGUGCUUUACUCCAUGCAAAACUAGAUGGAAAUGUACUGAGCGCUGCUGAUAGAAAUGCUCCCAAUUUUUAAACUCAUUACUAAUUUUUAAGAGUUUUAUAUUUUGAUUUCCAGCAUGCUAGAUAUUGUCCAUUAAUGUUCCUAAUUGCAUAAUUGUAAUUCCCUGUUAGCUAGUUGCAGAUACUUGGACAUAUCAAACUUUAAUAUUUCUCGUGGGUUUGGAGCAGUAGACUUGCUUCUGUAGCAGUCACCAUUUCUGUGGAAAUUGGUCACAAUUUGGUCAUAGACACUAAAUUAUGGUGUAUUUCAUCUGACUUGAGUUUUGAUCGUGUUCUAUUGUUCAGCUGAUAAAUGGUCAUAUCAGAAAAACCUUUGUCAUAAUCUCAACCAUUAUUCAAGGAUCUAUUUUAAAGCAUAACAUUAAAAAUUAGCCAGCUAUGCUACUCCGGAAAACUUCCCAGUAAUUGCAGAUUAAUACAUGGGAACGCAGUAUUUUAAUCUUAAAACAGAAUGUAUUGGAGAAGUUGCAGUCUACUCAAUUGUGGUUAAAAGGAAUGUUGGGUCAGUUUCAUUCUUUUUGGUGCAAAAGUUCUUGCUCUUUGCAGAAAUGGAGUGCAGGUAAAUGCUGGUGAGAUCAGGGUCAUUUUACUCUUGUAAAAUGUCUAAGUCUGUUGCUAUAUUUACUUGCCUGAAUGACCAGUUGCUGAUGGGACUGGAAUGUCUGGGUGUGUUGUAGAAGGACAAAUAGAAAUACAAACACAUCCCAGGGUUAUUUUUUUAUUUAUGGAACAUAGCUCUUUUCAAAGAACUGAUUAAUUUUCUUGUUACAGAACAAAACAUUAAUUAGAAUGUUUAAAUACAGUAAGUGUUACUUGAACAAACUGUUUUACACCUAAUUACUUCUAUCUAAAUGGGGAAUUUUUUUAAAAUUGUUUUCUCUGUGUUCUGACCGGUCAUGAGAUAUUUUGAGUGGGAUGCAUUGUUUGAAGUCAACUUACUGCUUAACUGAGAUGUGAGGAAUUCAGCAAUCUUGUACUUGAUGGCUUAAUUUCAUAAAUAUUAAAAGUGCUGAAUUCCCUCACUGACCCAGAGUGUGAAAAAUCAGAAGUUUUAUAAAUACUUAAUUUGGAAACUUUACUGAUGUGAAUUCGCCCAUAUUACUAAUCUAAAGUUGCCCAUUACCUUUUAAUCAUCUGGACAUUCAACUGAAAAGUAAAAAGAUGAAUAGUAAUUGUCAAUUUUAGUUAGCAGCAUAAAUCUGUAAUGUUGAAAGCUCUAAUACUUUCAGUUUUGUACAUCACCCCUUUGUGGAAGUUUACCUUUACCUUUUCACAUGAGUUUUUCUAAUAAACAUGAAAAUAUAGAUAUUGUUGGGUUGGAAUUGAGGAAUGAGGAACUAUUUACUUCAGAUAUUUCAGCUGCAGUAUUGUGUGUCUCAGUAACCUAAUAGCACUAUUUAUUACACUGAAUUCAAUAACUUGGGUACUCCCCGGGCUUGUUCUUUUAAAAAUGAAAUGGUUUUGUAUUUUAUGACUGAAUAAAUUUCUAAAGUAUUGAAUUGUUUACAACGUGCCAAAUGGCUAACCUGGUAGUUUAUGAAAUGUGUACAUAUGAAUUGUAUACUACUUUGCAAGUCCAGAAGGUUCAGUGAUGGGAUGAUGUUGCUGAGUUCGAUCAUUUCUAUACCUAACCAUCCAAAUUUUGAAGUGGAAUACGACUAUUGUCACAGAAAUCUCCUGACUUUUUUUUUAAAUAGAGGAUUACUCACUGCCAGCGUUAUUCCAUUGAAGAGAGUUAUACAGAUAUUAGCAACGUUUGAUGCUCUGUAGUGUUGAUUGCCAACUUAGUUUUGUCACUUAUUUUAUCAGCUAUUUUUAAAAAACUAAUGGUACUACAGUAUAUUUGGAAGUAAAGGUUAAAAUGCAGCUAUUAUACUGAUUAUCUAUGGUCAAGUGCCUAAUUUUGCACCUUACUUGAGAAAAUUAUUAAAAGAACUUACACGCACCUUGGUGUAAAGCAGGAUUAUUUUGGUCAAGAAUGAUGCAAUCCACUUUUAAACAUUGUUUAUAUUUUCCAAAACCAUAACACAAGUUUAUACCAGUGUAACAAGAUGUAUCUGGAAUUCAGUAGGCCUCUGCAUUAACUGUGGAGAUACUAAACUGCAUCAAAACAUCAGUGAAUCUUCGAAUUCCAGUAUUUACUGUUUUCAUGAAAUCUGAACUCUUCCUCUGCCUAAUUACUCUUCUAUCAUCACUAGACCAUGUUAAGACCUGUUCCUUGAAAGGACGACUUUUUUUUGUUUUAAUAUACAGCAAAGCUUUUUCUUGUGAACGUUAUAGUUCAUGCUGUUGAAUCAGAUUCUACCAUCAUACAUUAAUGCUCUAUCACUUAAAGUAUAUGAUUAGAAGUUUGCAAAUGCCAGGAAUUUUUACAAUAAUCACCUUCAGCACCAGGUUUGAACCGUGUCACAGUUUUAACUGAACACUUUUGGUAUUCACAUACAAAAAUCUACCAUUGUUUUUUGUAAUAAAAUGUUGAAUAGGUAGAAUUAUGCUCUAAAAGCACAAUCGUUUAGUAAAUCUUAACUGUUAACUUCUGAUGGAAUUUCCUUUUCUCCUGCAGAUUUCACUCUUGCUCUGUUUAAUUCUUUGUAGUGCAUGUACUGUAAUGCUUUGUUUCAUAUCUAAGUGCAAUUACUGCCUUGAUCUGUUGGAUUUAAGCUAGUACUUCCAAAUACUGUAUUCUAGAACCACUUGGAAAACAUCUUUCUGGUAAUACUGGUGUUUGAGUUUUACAUAACAUUUGACAUUAAAUACUAGAAUUUUAAAUUGUAUGAUGGGGACAAACUCAUUUUUCCAGCAAAAUUAAUUUUUGGAAAGAAAGUUAUAUAAAUGGGUGUUUUUAAUAAAUUCAUUGUUUACUAAGUAAUAAGCCACACUGGAAAAUUGAAAAAUACCACCUUUACCAAACAGAAGGCAAUUCUAAAUUUUCCUCAAUAACUGAAUUGUUUUCAAAAAGCUUGUACUUCUGCUCAAAGCUUGUGUGGCAAGUACAGACCCCACUUGUCCUCAGUCUUACAAUUGUUCCACUGAUCUUUACUUUAUCAUUUUAAAUUAUGGAAAAGAUGUUCAGUUCUUGAUAUUGUAUUCUGAUGACAGUCUUGUCACUGUCAAGCCAGCUUUUCUUCUAAUGACUCUAAACCGAAUUUAGAUGAUGAUUCAACUGCAGCAACAAAAUGACUAAAAAUAAUCCAUUACAACUUAUGUUUGUACAAUUGUUAAAAUCUAUUGUAGACAUUGAGUCAUGAGUACAAGAACACUUGUACAACUAAACUGGUUAAAUUUAAUACUCUGCAAUUAUUUUAGUACUGUACAGUUAGUGCAUGAGCAUUGUAACAGACUGGAAGUUAAGUGGUUUACAAUGUGUAUUUGAAGCAUUUGUUUUGAAAUUCUGGUAUGUGGUAUUUUGUUCCAAUUUUGUUUAGCACCGCUCCUGUACAUGUUGAUAACUGGUUCUGUGAACCAGCAAUGUUAAGUAUUUUUGAAAUAAAUUUGUCAGCUAAAGAGCCUCUGGUAUGUUGCUGAUAAAACUAAUCCAAACUAAUUGGUAUGAAGUCUGCUUGGUAAUGUUUUGGUAAGCAUUCUAACAAUGCAGUGAAACAAGUUAGCUGUUAGAUGGUCAGGUAGUUUAUUCAAAUGAUUUAAGGAUACUGAAUUCUGAGCUUAAUCAAGACAUUUAUCCCAAU